AUUAACCAGAGUACCUAUUCUCUUUUUUCACAGUUAACUAAAUGAAGUGAGAAAAGGAUAGACCGCAACAUUUAGGUGGAUUUAUCACCCUCUUCCGUCCAAGUAGGAAGUACCGUCCGUCCAUAAACCCUACGAUGCCGUCUCAAAUGAAUGGGGAUUUACACAAUACCUCUCAAGUGCCAAUAUGGAACUCCCGUCCAGAUCCAAGACUGAACUAUCUGCGUUCGCAAGGAUACAAUAAUUACAACAUGCCAUCACAUAAUUAUAAUCCAGGAUGCAGAUUUGGAAAGUUCACUCAUCAUCACCCCAUAAUGUCACAAGCUUCAGUUUCUACUACAUGCACACCAUCAGGCCCUCCAAUGAGCCAGGAAACAUUUGAAUACCUUUGGAAUACUCUGGGAGAGGUCACACAAGAAGGGGGAUAUACAAACAUAACAUCUAAAGAAUCAAUUGACUAUGCAUUCAGUGAAGCUGAAGAUGAAACCAGUAUAUCUGUUGAAAAAUACAGGAUUACAUCCAAUGAUUCCAUUUCAGAUUUGUUGAAUCCAAUAAUUGCUCAAACAACUUCAGCAAGCUCUAUGAGCCCUGACAGUCAGACCAAUAUCAUCGGUAGUUCAGCAUCCAGUCCUUACAAUGAUACAAUCACAUCACCCCCACCAUAUUCACCACACACUAGUAUGCAGUCACCUAUACCUUCUGUGCCAUCAAACACGGACUAUCCCGGAGAUUAUGGGUUUACAAUUUCAUUCUCUCAGCCAUCAAAAGAGACAAAGUCUACCACAUGGACAUACUCAGACUCACUUAAAAAAUUAUAUGUCAGAAUGGCAACAACUUGUCCAAUCCGAUUUAAAUGUUUGAGACAGCCUCCACAGGGAUGUGUUAUACGUGCUAUGCCAAUAUUCAUGAAACCUGAACAUGUCCAAGAACCUGUAAAGCGAUGCCCAAAUCAUGCCACAUCUAAAGAGCACAACGAGAACCAUCCAGCUCCAACACAUUUAUGCAGAUGUGAACACAAGCUUGCUAAAUUUGUUGAAGAUCCAUACACAAGUCGCCAGAGUGUUCUAAUUCCACAUGAGAUACCUCAAGCUGGCUCAGAAUGGGUCACUAAUUUGUUCCAGUUUAUGUGCCUGGGGUCAUGUGUAGGAGGACCAAACAGGAGGCCUAUUCAGAUUGUGCUGACUUUAGAAAAAGAUAAUCAAGUGCUAGGAAGACGUGCAGUAGAAGUGAGAAUUUGUGCCUGUCCCGGAAGAGAUCGCAAGGCUGAUGAAAAGGCAGCUCUCCCACCAUCAAAACAGUCCCCAAAAAAAGGCAACAAAGUUAAUAUAAUCAAUGAAAUCACUACAGUAACACCAGGUGGCAAAAAGAGGAAAGCAGAAGAUGAACCAUUUACAUUAACUGUACGAGGACGAGAAAACUAUGAAAUUCUGUGUCGACUUAGAGAUUCCUUGGAAUUGUCAUCCAUGGUUCCCCAGAAUCAAAUAGACGUAUAUAAACAGAAACAACUUGAUACAAAUAGACAAUCAUCGCCAACAACAGCAAGGGUGGUUACUCUUCCUACUCACGACAACACCCCAAUAACUAUACAGAGUGACAAUCGGCAGACGACACUACCAUUCACUGCAGACUUAAAUGGUCAGGUGACAAGUUCACAAAAUGGUGUAGUGGAAAGUCAUGGAAAUAUUAAAGAAGAACUGAUGGCUAAUGGAGAUCAUUCAAUAUCAAAUUGGUUGACUACCCUUGGUUUAUCAGCGUACAUAGAUAACUUCCAUCAGCAAAAUCUAUUUACAAUGGAGCAACUCGAUGAUUUUACUGUUGAGGAUUUGCAAAAGAUGAGAAUAGGAACAAGCCACAGAAAUAAAAUCUGGAAAGCUCUGGUAGAAUUUCAUAGCGAGUCUAUUACUAUUAGUGAUUCACAAAGUCUGCAAAGGGACGUCAGCACUGCAUCCACCAUCAGUAUGACAUCACAGGCCAGUAUCUCACAGAAUUCACAAAAUUCAACGUAUUGUCCGGGAUAUUAUGAGGUUACCAGAUAUACAUUCAAACAUACAGUUUCCUAUACGAAAUUGGAUGAAAGAAGUCCAAAAAGGGCUAAAGUAGACUGAUAUGCAAUAUGAAGACUUAUGCCAUCACCAAACUAGGCUUAAGAUUAUUGGUCAGUCCAUUACUGUGUAUUGGACUGAUAUAUAGAUCAAAUGCAAUAUGGUGCACUAAUCAAUGUCUGAAUGUAGACAUUUUAAUCUGAUAUUUUGUUAGACCGCCUGUUUUUAGAACAAAUAUAAGAUUUUGUCAUGUGACCCGUAUGGACCAAUUAUUGAUUUCAACUGUUUUUAGACAAAUCAAGAUUUUUGUUGUGUGACCAGUAUGGACCAAUUAUUGAUUUGAAAUGGUUAUUUAUUAAACUGAUGAUGAUGAUACUUGCGUGUAAAUGUUUCUUUUUCUUUAAAUAUUGUAAUUUUUCUAUUACAGUUUAAGAUUAAAUUUCAUACAAAAUGUUAAAGCAAGACCACUUUAUCUUCAAAGUGUUUCGCAGAUUUUCUUACUAAGGGUCAGCUUUAUUUAGGUAUCAACAGGGGCUAUUUUCAAAACUGGUAGCUUUUUUAAGUAAAACUUAUAAUUUAUUCAGGUUGUAUGAAGUAGACUUUCUUUAGUUGUUCAGCUGGUAUUAUGGUGGGACUACUUCAUGCAAAACAGCUACAUAUAUGUUUAUAAAAUAAUCUUUGAAGGCCACUGAAUCAAACAUUCAAAGCCUUGAUGUCUUACUAUUUUUACUGUUAACAAUCUAUUUAUAACACUAAUUAUGCUUCUAAUAAAUUUAACAAUAGGUGCUUAGACAUAACACUUAAGAUUGUUAUUAAAAUGGCCUUUAAAUUUGUGUCCAUUCUGGUUGUUAUUGUUGAUAGAGAAAACAAAGGAAAUGCCGUUUUCUGAAUGUUGUUGAUUAUAUAUAUAUAUUUAUAUGCAUUUUGUUUGUUGUUCUGCUGAGAUCAAGUUCAGGGUAGAAUUUCUGCAAUUGUAUUGAGAACAUAUUAUUCAUUUCAAAAUUCCCACAAAAAUUCCAUAGUAGGGAUUUCAUAUGAGGCUCAGUAUGUCAUUUGCAAAGAUUGUUGUCAUUAAUAACUGCCAUGUAGCAUUUUGCAGAAGAACUACUCUGAGCUAGUGUGAGUUAUAACAAUAAUAGUGUUCAAAUUUUAUGAUAAAACUAUGUGUUCAGAAUAAUCAUUUAAACAUCGAACUUUAAAAAGUGUUCAACAUUAGAUUCAUUUGCAUUCAUGUAUAUCAUUUAGUGUUUUUAACUGCUGAUUUUGCAACAGUGCUAUAAAUUGAAUCAAAUAUUUUGCAAAAUGGGGAUUCAUUAUUUCCCUCAUAAUUUCAUUAAUUAGUAUUGUCCACCUUUUGUCCACUAAAGAUGCUUAUUAAUUGAUUCAAAAAAGAUUUUUUUUCAUCUGUUAACGAAAUUGGCAAAAUUUGUCAAAACACAUUCUUUUAUAAGAAGAAGGGAAAUUACUCCAAUACUUUUUGUAUAUAAUAAUCAAUUAAUACAACAUAAACAGAUGGAUUUAUUUGAAUCAUCCAUUUGUUUUUAAAAAAAAUUUAAAUUCCAGUGAUGAAUUUUGUUUCUUCAAAGGAAAUUUUACUUCAUUAUCAUUCCAUUUUCUACCAUUGUAAUUCAUUCUGUUUCCGUCCAAAUACAUUGUUCUUUUGUUCAUGCAACUACAAAUGAGUGGCUAUUUAUCUGUUUAAUUAAACACUUCCAGAUUAUUUAUUUACCCAUCUCAGUAUUUGUUUAAUUAGAUCAAAUGUUCAAUUUAUUCUUUUAAUUUUAAAAAUGAAUAUAGUAUCUUAAGUUUUAUUAAUUUUUUUUUAAAACAUAUGGACAUUUAUUUUAAAGAGUUCAUCAUCAAGUUUGGAUUUCUUUAUGAAAAAAAAUGCAGAUGUUUCCUGACAUAUAGAAACAGAUAAAUAGCAAACUACUAGGAACAAAAUAGCAAUUAUAACUACAAAGGGAGAUAAUUAGAAAUUAUAUCUACAAGGGAGAUAAGAAGGAAAAGCAAAAUAUUGUAGUUCAUAUUUAAGUUUGCAAUUGUAUUUAUUGAAAGCUUUGUUCUUGUUUUUUUUUAAUGUUAUUGAUAAUAUUUUACUUGUUUUUUUGUUUGUCAAAUAAGUAUCAUGCAUUUUUUAAUACCUUGUACAGUUUUAUAUCUGUUUUGAAGAGUGUUGAUGUAUAAGACUAUGUAAAUUUUAUGUGUGUUAACCAAUAUUUAAGAAACAUUUUAAUAAGUUGUAAUAUAAGAUUGACUAUAAUACAUUGGUCAGAUAUAUGGAAUGCUGAUUACAGGGGCAGUAACAUCAGAUUAGAGAUUUUUCUGUUUGGUUUUAUUCCAGUGUUCAUUUCUGUUAAACAGUUUUUCCUAUGAUUUAUGGAAAAGACAUGAAUUUAGAGUGCAGUAUAAACAAUCAAGAUAUCUUAUUGACAUACCGUAAUAUGUUGGUAUUUUUUUGUUUUUUUAAUAAGAAAGUCUGCAUGCAAAUUCUCAUAUAAUUGUGGUUGUACUACCGUGUGUGCUCAAUUUUUUUUAUCUUUGUUAGGUCAAAUGUUUACUGAAACUUUCCUAGUGUUUCUUGUGAGCAUGAGGUUUUAUUCUAUUGGUUACCUUAUAAAAAUCAUUUAAUGGCUUAUCUAUAAUCCAAAUUAAGUGAUGGCAUUUCUCAAAAUGGCAUCUACAGAAAAUUGGUUGAAAUUUCAAAAGAGAAAGUAAAAAUGCGUUUUUCAAUGUGGAGAGCAGAGUAGGUGAGAAUAUUCUCCUUAUUUUGAAUUCUGGGUUUUUUUAUUACAUACUUGUUAUAAGAUGUUUCAACAAUACUGUAUACCAUUUCACUAAGAGCUCUCAUAAUGAUAUUAUGAAAAAAACAUUCACAUUUAUAAUUUACUGGAAUAGUUUUAUUGGCUGUUGAACAGCAUGAGACAUAAAAUUAACAUGCAUGUAACUCUUUUAUGUGUUUUAUGAAACGGUAUCCUGGAGAUAGAAUUUGUGGGACCUCAUGAAACUGAUCAUGUCUUAAACAUUGGAAACCAAAUCACUAGACCUCAUCACACUGGUCAUUCAUAUUUUUCACUUUAGAAACACACAACAAUUGCUUAAACUUAGUGAUUUCUUAUAUAAACAAUUAGUAAACCUGGAUGUCUUAAUGGUUAUUGGGGGGUAGGAGGGUUUCUCAUUGUUAUAUCCUGAUCUCACUUAUUCAUAGCAUCUUGAUAUCUUUAAUUGGGGAAGAUUUUUCAUUCAAUAAAAAAAAAGUUCCAUGUAAUUUAUGUUUAUGGUAAUAAGGUUCAAUUUCUUUUAGGAUUUCCAGAAGAUUCACACUAAACAUUUUGAAAAUUUAAUCAAAAAUCCAUUUUAACUUUUAAAUCUUUAUUGGCAAAUAUUUGUAAAAAAAAUUUUAGUUGCUAAAUUCCAAAAUACAAUGUAACUAAAAAAAUCUUAUUUUUUCUUAGGAACUCUAUUCUUUAGUUAAACCUAAUAAAUGAAGCUUUAUAUUGUUAGGAACUAAACCGUGACUUGUAUGAAUAACCAGUGUUAAUUUGUUGAUAUAAAGGGUGAGUGCAAGAUAUCAUUCUGUUACAGAAAUCCAUGUUCAUAUAAAUCAGUUUGUUAUUUGUGCUAUGAAAAAGCAUUAUACAAAUAAAGUAUCUUUUAUACAA